AUGUCUACUCCUCCUGGCAACCCCGACUCGCGUGCCCUCGUCCUUGCCUCGAGCGCUCGCCGCGGCAGCGUUCGCUCCAUGUCGGCUGCUCAUCUCCUCGUGGAGUUUGAGCAGCUGCGUCGUGACCAGAACAACGAGGUUCGCGAGGGCCAGACCCUUGGUCCGUUCGCUGGCGAAGAUGGUCUCCCCAUCCGAGUCAUGAAGGAGCUCAUGAAGCUCCUCGAGAAGUCUGUCGGCACUCUUCCCACCGGAGACGCGUUCCAGGAGUUCCUUGGCCAGAUCUUCGACCAGGGUUGGACCUCCAGCACCCUCAACCCGCUGCCACCGCACCCCAUCAUUGUGCCCGUCAUCGACCGCGCCCUUGUCAGCACGGUCAUGAUCGACGUCGGCCAGGUUGUCGACCGCCGUGGCAAUGUUAUCAAGGCCUACCCUCGCGCGUACCUUGACACCCAGAAGAAUGUCCGCAUCGAGAUGGUGGCGCCCAACGGCGCUGCCUUUGACAUGGAGACUCUCAACUCCAUGAAAUGGAACACCGACGGCAACGUCACUCUCCGUCUCCGCCAGGCGAUUGCCGACCUGUACGACCAGAUCAACUCCAUCGUCGCGAAGCACAACCGUGAGCGAGCCAUUCGCCAGGCUCGAAUUCUCCUCAAGGAGUACACCGAGCAGGGCUUUCGUACCCUUACCGACGACGAGGUCCGCUUCGCCAACGCGAAGCACAUGGUUUGGGCCGAUUGCCCGCUCCUCUGGCUCUCCAUCACCGGCGGUGACCAGGUAGGCAAUCUGCCUCGCGCCAACAUCAUCCAGACCGGCAAUAUUAAGGGUGAGAUUUGA